AUGAGUUUCGGGUUUGGUGUCGGCGAUUUCAUCGCUGUCAUAGACAAGUUGAGACACUGCCACGACAGAUUUUCUGAGGCGCCUGAGCUGUUUGUCUCUCUAGUUAGGAACGUGGAGAUCAUCGAACCGCUUCUUGAGGAAGCACAUUGCCCACAGCAGAAUCUCAAUGAUGGGGAGAAAAAGAUACUGGAGGACAUCAUUGAAGGUUCCUACAAGGACUUGAAGAGAUUGAAACAAAUUUUAGACGAUUGCCAGGAACUAAAAAAGCCUCUCGAAAAGAAGAUAUGGGACAAAGCAAAGCUCUUGCAGUUUCUUCAGCGGUUACAAGUCGACCCAAGAGUGAUCAACAACAUUCAAUCGAGUCUGUCCGUCAAGAUUGCACUCCUGAACACCCUCAAGAACGCGUCAGAUAGUCGAGCCAUCCAAAGCACAAAGCAGGCGGUGGAUUCAAUGUACCAUGAGCAAGUCAGUAAACAUCGACAGGAAAUCUUGGAGUGGCUGACGCCAUCCAACUAUUCAUCACAACAACGAGAUUACUUCUCCACAAGGCACCCAGAAACAGCAUCCUGGCUACUAGAGUCCAAGGAAUUUGAAUGGGUAGCAAACAGAGGCCAGACUCUGCUGUGCCAUGGGAUGCCAGGGGCCGGCAAGACCAUCAUGACUUCCGUCGUCAUAGACCAUUUGAUACACCGGUUCCGUGAGGAACCGAGGGUCGGGAUAGCCUACGUUUACUGCAACUUCAAGGACACCGAACGCCAAGAUUGCCACGAUCUCUUGUCUGGUCUAGCGAAGCAGCUGGCGCAAUUCUGCUCUGCAUUCCCUCAAAGUCUUGAGACGCUCUACGACAAACACCAGAAGCGGAAGACCUCAAGAUCUACUCAAGAGACCAUCGAUCUGCUCCAGGUCUUAUCCUCCUGCUACGAAAGAACAUUCAUCGUUGUUGACGCCUUGGAUGAGUGUGAUAGAAACGCUAGACAAGCUUUUCUUCCAGAAAUCCUCCGGCUACAACAAAGAUCCCAAGUCAAUAUUUUUGCAACCACCAGAGAAAUUCCUGAGAUCUUGGAGUCGAAGGAAUUUGAGAAUUCUAUCUCUGUAGAAAUCAGGGCUGUUCAGGAGGACGUACUAAGAUACACGUCAGAUCGUAUGACCCGCAUGCAGAGCUUUGUACGCAACAACCUUGAUUUACAGAAGGAAAUCAGACACACCAUUGCAGAAAAGGUUAACGGAAUGUUCCUGUUGGCGAGACUGCUCAUCGAUGCUUGGUCUAACAAGCUGAGCCCGAAGGAGCUCAAGAAGGCACUCAAAGUCUUUGGAGAAACGAGUGAAAAGGCAAACAUCUACUCAGCCGUAUACGAUGAGGCCAUGAAUCGGAUUAGGUCUCAACCCUCCGAGCACGUUGAGCUCGCGCUGAACGUUCUCUCUUGGACAACAGGCGCCAAGAGGCCUCUUAAAAUCAAAGAGCUGCAGCAUGCCCUCGCCGUCGAAGAGGGAGAAAUGGAGAUAGACCAGGACAAUAUUGUACCAGUCGAAACCAUGAUCUCUGUAUGUGCUGGGCUUGUAACAGUCAGUGAGCGGAGUGGUGGCGUGAUACAACUUGUUCACCAAACAACACAAGAGUACUUCGAGAGGAAAAGACACCAGUUUUUCCCAGAAACUGACCCUCGAAUCGCAAUGGCAUGUACCAAUUAUCUUUCCAUCAAGAAUAUUUUCAAGCGUCCCGGAUACUACGGCCCCUCCGAAAACGAGUUAAAGUUCCCUUUCGAAGAGGAAGAUGAGCAACGUCGCAGAUACACGUCCGCUCCAUUCUUCGACUAUGCAACUCUAUACUGGGGGGAACACACACGAGAGAGCCCAAUUAUUCCGACAGAAGUAGUUGGAUUUCUUCGCAACCAAGACGCACGUAACAGAUCCGCUUUGGUGCUAAGACGACUACGUCAGAUGCUAUUUAUCCCUGGCACGCCAGCACAAGUGGCAGCAUAUUUCGGGAUUCUCCAAUUAUUUACCAACAAUACUCUCCCAGAAAGCGACAUGUACUCAGCUGACGAAAGUGGUAGAACCGCGUUGUGGUGGGCUGCCUUUGGAAAUCGGCUGGAUAUUGUCAAGUUUUACCUCGACAGCGACGCCAUCGAGCACACCCCACUUGAGUCAAAUUCACCACGCACGACAGUUCUUCGGAGGACGGUCUCGAUUCAAUCCCUUGGUCAAUGCAUCAAAGUGGCCAUAGAAGAAAGACAUGCGGCUGUGCUAGAGGCUUUUAUCAGGUUCUCCACGGAGAAGGGAGUGGAUACUGGAGCCCGAGACUACGAGGGCAAAACCCCGGUAUACUGGGCCAUCUUCUUUGAAAAUGCCCCUGCGCUUAAUUUUCUCUUAGAAAGGAAUGUUGAGGCAAAGGACGAAUCAAAUGGGAGGGAGCGCCCUUUACUACAGGCUAUUAGCAGGAGAAGCACGGCGAUUGCGGAGGUUAUUCUUGACCAUAAUGCCGACAUUAACGCUACAGACAAGAACGGACGAACUGCAUUAUCAUGGGCUGCAGGUCGCGGUAAUCUCGCGGCUGUGCAGCUUCUCUUGCAGAGAGGCACCAAGGUUGAUGUCCCUGAUGAAAGCGGUCGAACUCCCUUGGCUUGGGCAUGCGCAGCGGAAGACACAAAUGACCAAAUCAUCCGGACUCUUCUGGCACACGGCGCCAGCCCAGACAUUGGGGGCAGCGCCGGUGCUAUAUGGCUUUACGCUCGUCGCGAAUUUGGUCUUGCCAUCAUUGAUAUGUUCUGUCAAAAUGGUUUCGACCUGUGCUCCAAAGACGCCUGGGGGAGAACGUUGCUGUCUUAUGCUGCGGAACAUGGAUCUGCGGAAGGUUUCAAGAUGAUCCUAGAGUCGACAAAUCUGAACUUGAACUCGAAGGACGACCACGGACGAACGGUUUUGUGGUAUGCAGUGACGGGAGCUCCUGGGCGCAGACCCAACACAGAGGUUGUCGGAAUGAUAUUGGAUGACCCCAAAGUCGACCAUAAUUGCAUUAACGGGCAAGAAGCUCUGAUCCAGACGAUCCAUCAGAAUUCCGUGGAGCUUUUUCAAUUUCUGGUCACUCGCGAGGAUAAUGGCGAAUGGUUCAUCAUGAAGCGCAAGUACAACGAGGUCCCCAUGAAAUCAUCUCGAUUUGUGCCCUUGAUGUGA